CCCGUACUACGAGCCGUAUGACAGGUCCAGAGAGACUCUGUACAAGAAGUGGGGAGAAUGGUCCCCCUGCUCCAGAUCCUGUGGUGGGGGGUACAGGAAGAGGGAGAGGGGGUGUUUAACUCCCUCCAAUGCUACAUGUUGUGGGGAGAUCAAGCAGAUACAGUUCUGCAACAUUAUCCAAUGCCCAGUGAACGGUCGUUGGAGUGAUUGGAUGCAGUGGUCCACCUGUGACGUUACGUGUGGCAGUGGAUCCCGCCGUCGUUAUCGCCGCUGCGACAGCCCAUUGCCUACCAAUGGCGGUGCUUGUAUAGGAGAAGAUAGCUCUUCAAAAGCCUGCAAGAAUGCUCCUUGUAAAGAUCCAGACAACCACUGGUCACGCUGGAGUCCGUGGUCAACUUGUGACAAAACCUGUGGUCAAGGACAUAUCAAACGUGUUAGAGAAUGGAAAGGUGAUGGACAGAAGAAGAGCCAGACAAUGAAAGCGCUGUGCAACAUCCACCCAUGUCCAGUUGCCGGCAAAUGGGGAGCAUGGGGUCAAUGGGCGGCUUGCAGCAAGAAAUGUGGCCUUGGACACUACUUCCGCGACCGCACGUGCACGGACCCUGCCCCAUUCAACAACGGUCCGAUAUGUCGCGGUCCAGGAACCGAGUCGGCAUACUGCUACAGCCAACCCUGCCAAGGAGACGAACCAGCUGUGAAGUUCAACAAGAAAAGUUAUUUGACGUACAGUCCCCAUGCUAAACCAAUCCGAUACCUGUUGCUGUAUCUACGCUUGAAGCCACUGUCUCCGUCCGGGACGCUGAUCUACCGUCACAGGGCGUGUCUGGAGGGGACGUGGGACUGCUCCCACACCCUCAUCCUUACCCUCGUGAAUCAUCUCCCAGCUUUGAAGGUGUCGAUUGAUGGACAGAAGAUUGAACUCGUAGCCAAAACGCCAGUAAUGGCAUCGGAAUGGAACGACUUGCUUGUGUAUGUGUCACGUGGUAAAAGCUACAUCCGGGUAAAUGACGGCGAACAUGCUCGAUAUAUCCCUGACACACCCUUUCUGGAAGAAAUGAAUCUAGAUGCCUCCAUGAGGGUUGGCAUUGGAGACAACGACAGUAACGGUUUCCAUGGUGUGAUAUCCAAACUACGUAUUAAUUUCAAGGACAUUGCACUUUACCAGUCCCCUUACUGGAUGGGGUUAGGUGCCCCUGACAAAGAACUGCUCAUUGAGAAACAGACAUCAGACGGUGGUGUCAAUUACCCUGACUUCCGGAGCCGCCAUUACGCUCGUUUAAGCUUCAGACAUGACCAGACAUUAAAAGUUCUUUUGACAGUACGCAUGCGCAAAUCUAAUGGCCUCAUCCUGUAUAAUGAGGGUGUUGUGCCUGGCUCCCACAUUGCCCUGUUCUCCGAACAAGGCGCCCUGAAAGUCUGCUUUGCAUGUAACCGGAAAAACGUCUUUUGUGAAAAAACAUUUGUAUUCCAAACCCGAACUUGGUACUAUUUAUCACUAGAGGUUGAAGGUAACGGGUCUGAAUUAAGGAUGGACAAAGGCAAGGCUAUGCAACUGUCUUGUGUUGGAAGGAAGUACCGUCCUCAGAAGGAGGUCUUCAUUGGUGGCGCGCCACCAUCCAUGUGGACCAUCAUCACCAACUGGACCGGUGUCACAAAGGGGCAUGAUGGCAACGUCGACAAAGUGGUCGUCAACGAUGAGAAAUUCUCCUUCAGACUUGGUGCUUUGUUUGAUACAACUGGGACAAUCAACUCCAUGGGAUAUUCCCUGUCGGCACACGUGAGCAAUGUCGUGGAACAUCCAACGAGCAAGGUGACACUUCGAUGCGACUUCACAAGCUUCACCAAGGGCGGACAUCAUGCGAAAGCACAGUGGUUGCUUGGAGAUAGGCUCCUCAACUCCUCAAAGGGAGCUCUUAUAAUGCCAAUGUUGCCUGGUCUUCAGAAUGAGAGCGCGGUUACUCUCAUGCCAAGCCACCACAAACAAGGCUUAUACGCAUGCGUCGUAAACCAAGAUGGCCGUCUUACCAUAACACAUGCAUUUGCUCUGACCCGAAGUAACGAGUCCGUCGUUCUCGAGGUGACGCCAGAAUGGACCAUCAUAAUCGUUCUCAUUGUCAUCGUUGUCUUCAUCUUCAUCGCCACGGCUCUUAUUGUCAAGAAGGAUACAAUAAAAAACAUGGCCGCCGGCUAUGCUGACGCUAAGGCAAAAAUUCUGGAGGACAUCAAGAGCAGCCUUAAUAAGCCGGACCUGAUGGAACUGGGGGACAUCCCAGAAGAGGACGAGGACGAGGAUGCGAGUAUGGUCAGCGCUGUGGAGGAUCCGGCUGAUGAUGAGGAUGGAGAGAUGACGUUUGACUUGAAUGACAUAGACUUCGGAGAUGACGAGGAAGAUGAUGUUGAUGAGACAGAGAGAAUGCAUCAACUGGGGAGUCAAGUCGCCGCGAGGUUGAUCGAGGAAAACAAGGACAAAGUUCUCGAACUCAUAACAUCAAUGAUGAGCCUCGAUAACCUCGGAGAAGCGCCAGCGCCACCCUUUCAGCAGGUUACCACAGGACAGAUUAGCGUGCCAUCAGAGUCACAUCGUCAAAUUCCGUCAGUUCCCGAGCCAGGAUCACCAUUUUAUGACGUCAACACAUCUGCUUUAAGGAAUACCAGCAGUUCACAAGUACAAAGGCGCUCAUCGCCAUCACCAACUCGCAUGCCACCUGGUCCCAUGAUUGAUGGUGACCAAGAGAUGUCUCCAGAGAGAAGAUGGUCCGUGUCACAUCGUUCCUCGGGCACCUUGUCCCCAUCCCGCCGGACGUCAAGUAUUUCACCACGCAGACUGUCUCGGUCCAUAUCUCCUCCAAAAGCAUCAGAUGAAUACGUCAUUAAUGCCAGACCGUUAGGCUCACCAAGACAAAGCAGAGCCAGUCCACCUUUCGAGUAUUCUGAUGCAAUGGAGUUUUCCGAUCCGUACAGUCAAGUUCUGGAGCAUGAUGAUCCACCAAUUCAAGCUCCAGAUCUUCCUGAUCUAUCUCUCCUACCUCCUGGGAUGUCUGGACCAGCCACACCUCCACUGUUUGGUAGUUUUAGACAAUUACCAGUCGUAAAUCAAAGGGGGGCACCUUUACCUCCGACCCCCUCUCCUCCGCCUCGACCACCAAGUCCACCUGAGUUACCCCCACCGCAGUUGUGAAGACGAUGUGGAAUAUUCGUUGACAGUGAAAUGUCUUCACUUUUCCACAAAAAUAUUUUGUGUUCAUCAUGUCCGAUAGUAAUCGGUGUGAUUGGUAUCCUUGUUUUUAACAAGUCUUUGCACCCGCAUAGGGCAUUCUGACGUGGUUUCAAUGGCAAGCGUUGCAGUAUGGCAUGUGUCAAUGAGUGAUGUGUUUUGUUGUCAGCUCAUGUUGUUUCAGUCGUGUUGAUUGGGGUCUGCCAUAAGGUGUGAGUAUUUGUAUAUAUCCUUGGAGGAUGUCUUCCGUCGAAAAAGCACGUAUCUGAAAUGGAUGCCAUGUGUGUACAUGUAUAUAAAAAUAUGUUCAAUUAUAGGUGUGUUAUUAAACAACGUAUUUCUUAAUGAA